AUGGCAGAAGCGGAUCUUAACAUGGUCUCGGAACCUGCCGCCCAAGGGGUUGCUGAAGAGAAGAUGGCUAGCUCGUCUAGUGAUUCUGGGGAAGACUCUGACAGCAGUAGCUCUAUCAGCAGCACUAGUUGCAGCAGCAGCAGCAGUAGCCGCAGCCGCUUAUAUAGAAAGAAGAGGGUAUCUGGGCCUUCGCGAAGAGCACGGCGGGCUCCGUUGGGUAAAAGUUUCGUGGAUCGGCUGCCUCAAGCAGUUAGAAAUCGUGUUCAGGCGCUUAGAAAUAUUCAAGAUGAAUGUGACAAGGUAGACAUCCUGUUUUUAAAGGCAAUUCACGAUCUCGAAAGAAAAUAUGCCGAACUCAAUAAGCCUCUGUACGAUCGGCGAUUUCAAAUAAUCAAUGCAGAAUAUGAACCUGCAGAAGAAGAAUAUGAAUGGAAUUCAGAGGAUGAGGUGUUCAGUAGUGAUGAGGAGGUGCAGGAAGACAGUCCUAGUGAAAUGCCUGCCUUAGAGGGUGAGGGAGAAGACGAUGACCCUAAAGAAAAACCUGAGGUAAAGGCUGAAGAAAACGAGGUUCGAAAAGAAACUCCUGAGGCAAAGGCUGAAGAAAACGCAGAGUCUAAAGCUUUUCUGGGGGUAAAGCCUGAAAUGAAAGAAGAGCCUAAAGUAGUCCCCCAGGCAAAGGCAGAAGAUAAAGAACAGCCUAAAGCAGCAGAGGCUAAGGCAAAGGCUGCUGUAAUAGAGGCUCCUAAAAGAAUUCCUGAGGUCAGGCCUAAAGAAAGAGCGAAUCUUAAAAGAGCUCGGAAGGGAAAGCCUAAAAAAGAAGAUCCUAAAGGCAUUCCUGACUACUGGCUGACUGUUUUAAAGAAUGUUGACAAGCUCGGGCCCAUGAUUCAGAAGUAUGAUGCCCCCAUUUUGAAGUUCUUGUCAGAUAUUAGCCUAAAGUUCUCAAAACCUGGUCAGCCUAUAAGCUACACGUUUGAAUUUUAUUUUCUACCCAAUCCAUACUUCAGAAAUGAGAUGCUGACCAAGACAUAUAUAAUAAAGUCAAAACCAGAUCACAAUGAUCCCUUCUUCUCUUGGGGAUGGGAAAUCCAAGAUUGCAAAGGCUGUAAGAUAGAUUGGAGAAGAGGAAAGGAUGUUACUCUGACAACCACCCAGAGUCGCACAACUGCUACUGGAGAAAUUGAAAUUCAGCCAAGAGUGGUUCCUAAUGCAUCAUUCUUCAAUUUCUUUAGCCCUCCUGAGAUUCCUAAGAUUGGAAAGCUGGAACCACGAGAAGAUGCUAUCCUGGAUGAGGACUUUGAAAUUGGUCAAAUUUUACAUGAUAAUGUCAUCCUGAAAUCAAUCUAUUACUAUACAGGAGAAGUCAAAGGUACCUAUGAUGAUGGUAAAGAUUAUGGAAACAGGAAAUAUCGAAAAUAAAA